AUGAAUUCACUACUUUUCUUAUGUUUUGUGUUAUCAGUCGGAGGUAGUGAAGCUCAUACGGUCCACUUAUCACAUGCUCAAAAGGAGAAAGCCCAUUUACAUACAGCAGAAUGUAUGAAAGAAAGUGGAGUUAAAUCGGAAGUGUUAGCUGAAGCGAAGAAAGGUGUAUUCGAAGACGACGAGGCGCUAAAGAAAUUCACAUUAUGCUUCUUUAAAAAAUCAGGUAUCAUAUCAGACGAAGGAAAAUUGAAUGUAUCUGAAGCUUUAGCUAAAUUACCAACAGGUGUUGACAAGGUAGCCUCUGAGAAACUUCUAGAAGAAUGCAAAAAGAAAACAGGCAAAGAUCACGCGGAUACCGCCUUUGAAAUUUACAAAUGUUACUACCAUGGCACCAAACAGCAUAUUCUUCUUUGA